GAUUUUCGAUGCAAACUAAUUGUAAAGAAAACCUGCAUCGAAAACAUAAGUCUCCGCCUUAAAAGGCAGAGACUAAUAAAAAAACUGUGGUAUCUUCUUAGAUCUGAUAGUCUGGACUGACGAGAAGGUGGGAGGGAAUAGUUAUUGUUCAGAUAGGGCCAGUUCGACGUUCCAAUUGAAGCACCCGUAGCAGAUUGAGAUACAGAGCCCUACUAUUCUAAUGGGCGAGAGCGAGAUCGAUAGCCAGCAUCCGAGCAAAUCACCUACGGUUUAAUGGCGGCAAAUCCGACUCCUUCUUCCUCCACCUCUGCGUUAAUCAAAAGUAAUGGCUAUUAUGGUUCUAAGUCUUUUGAAUAUGGCUCAGUUAAACACACUCUGAUAAGAUGUUCACCAUCUAUCUAUUCAUGGAAGUGGAAAGCUAAACUUUGUGGAUUUGUGAGCUCUAAACAGCAAGUUUUUGCACAAGCAACAUACAAAUGUGAUUACUAUAAUCUAUCAACUGAACUAAUUCCAUAUAAAGAUGCUCUGUCCUGGCAAAAAUGCUUGGUGGAAGCUAAGCAAGCCUUGUUGAAAGAAGAUGAGGAUGUAUGUAGUUCUCUGGUGGUUCUUCAGCAUCCUCCAGUCUAUACUUUGGGCACUAGGAGCUCAGAGAAAUAUUUACACUUUGAUUUGCAGCAUUCUCCAAUUGAUAUAUUUCGGACCGAUCGUGGUGGUGAAGUAACAUAUCAUGGCCCUGGCCAGCUUGUGAUGUAUCCUAUUAUGAAUUUGCGCCAUUACAAAAUGGAUCUUCACUGGUAUCUCAGAGCUCUAGAAGAAGUGAUUAUAAGAGCUCUGUGGUCUGAAUUUUCUUUAAAGGGAUCGCGUAUUGAUGGGCUUACUGGAGUUUGGAUUGGAAAUCAAAAAGUGGCAGCUAUUGGUAUCCAUGUUUCUCGGUGGAUAACAUAUCAUGGUCUUGCAAUUAAUGUUACCACAGACCUUAAACCCUUUUCCAAAAUCAUUCCUUGUGGCAUAAGUGAUCGGGCAGUUGGCAGCUUAUUUGAGAUUUUAAAUUCAAGUCAAGAUGUAGCGAUUCCAAGGCUAAAAGGCAGCAGCCAAAAAUUAGAUGCAUCCACAUUAUUAGAUUUGACUCUAAAUUCAUUGCUUAAAGAAUUCUCAGAAGUUUUUCAGGUAGAUCUAAUUGAGAAAACAGCUCUUGAUGUUAGGAGCAUCUCGGAAUUUGCAAAUGCAUGAACCAUUCACUCAUUCUUUUGCUAUUUAGAGUAAUUCUAUACUUUUCACCUUAUAGCAAAGGGUUGUACCGAGAUGUAUUUGGAUGCUUCAAUUGUAUGUCGAGUGAGAAGAUAAUAAACCCUAAUAUUGAUCAAAAGCUGGAAUUCCGCCCACUGCAUGGAUUGGCACAUUUGUAUGAUGAGUUGGUCCAGUUGAAAUGCAUGCAUUCAUGUGCAUAUACUAUUUAAUAUCAUACAUUGGUGUAUGAGCAAAGACCUUUAUUUCUCAGCAAUAAGAGAAUCCAAAGAUUAUUUGAUGCUUUA